AUGGCAUCAGAGAAUGUCCAGCUGCAGAGAUGUUUGCAAAACCGCCGAUCGACAGUGAACUGUCUGCCAAAGGGUGUAGAGGACAACAAAACGUUCCCAUUUUCUCAGGAGAAAACGGUCAAAGCGUGGAGAUCCCUGGAGAAUCUGGACAGUCCUGGUGUCAAAACAGAGUGCCCCAAAGCAGAGGACAGGCCAGAACGGCAACACAGCAUCAACAUUAAUGUUGGGGGGAAAGUGUUCCACAUCCCCAAACAGUGUGCCGUUAAAUAUCCUCAAACCCGGAUAGGCUCGUUGGCUCUGUGCAGAGACCGAGCAAAACUCCUCAAGCUGUGCGACGACUACUCCGUCCGCAAGAACGAGUUCUUCUUUGACCGUGACCCUGCCUUCUUCCACCACAUCUUCCAUUUCUACACGAGUGGGGUGCUGUGGAUCGUACGGGAAAUGUGCCCCAUCAACUUUGAGGAGGAGAUCGCAUACUGGGGUCUGAGCCUAAAGGACACCCAGCUCUGCUGCUGGAUGGUGUUCGAAGAGAAGGUUGAUGAGGUGAAGGACAACCUGAAGGUGGAUAGGGAGCUGAUGGCUGAGAUCGAGGUGAAGUACGACGAUGAGUGUUUUAAGGACAUGGUAUUUGGGGACACGCGGAAGACUUUGUGGAACCUUGUGGAGAAUCCAUACUCUUCAACUCUGGCGAAGGCUUUCAGUGUGGUCUCCAACCUUUUGGUGCUCUUCUCCAUUUUCGCAAUGACUCUCAACACUGUGGAGGAACUCCAAAAGUAUCGGAUUAAAGACAAAACGCACAUGGAAUGGGUGGAGAUCAUCACCAUUGUCUUCUUCACCUUUGAAUAUUUAAUUCGCCUUUUCACCACUCCUAACAUCUUGAUGUUCUUGAAGAGUGGACUCAACUUUGUGGACAUGAUAGCAGUCAUGCCUUAUUUUGUCCAGAUUGUCUUUGAUGUCUUUACUGACGCUGAGGACAGGAAUGCACAGGAAGACCGCAGGACCAUUGCACGGGUCAGCAAGUUCAGCCACGUUCUCAAAGUCGUCAAGCUGCUGCGAAUCUUUCGGAUUUUGAAGCUGGCUCGACACUCCACCGGCAUGAGAGCGUUUGGGUUCACUUUGCGGCAGUGCUACCAGCAGGCCUCUUGCAUUUUCCUUUUCAUCGCUAUGGGAAUCUUCACUUUCUCUGCUCUUCUUCAUUCAGCCGAGAGGGAAACUGAGGGAUCUCCUAUCAGCAGUAUUCCAUAUGCCUGGUGGUGGGCUGCAGUCAGUAUCUCCACUGUGGGCUACGGGGAUGUGGUUCCUGUAACUACCCUGGGCCGCUUUGUGGCCUUUGGCUGCAUCUCAUUUGGAAUCAUCCUCAACGGCAUGCCGAUCUCUUUCCUCUUUAACAAGUUCUCUGAUUACUAUGCCAAGCUAAAAGCCCAAGAGUACAACACUACCUUGGUGCAGCGGCGCUUUCAGCUAAAGAGGCGCCUCCGACGCAAAAUGGACAUGUGUUUUCAUCCCUUGCAGGAAGACAAUAGUCCAGACAACCACUGUGAAUCUUAAAAUGAUUUGAU